CUCUUCUUCUCACACUCUGUUAUUCCUCAGUGUCCUGGAAACGCCACAAAUCUUCCUCAGAAAGAAGACGAGUGUUUACGAGUAGCCGUGGAAUUACCGGUAGUCUUUGUGGUGAGACUAUGGGACCUGGCAUUGGCGGACCGGGCAAACGCUGAUAUGUGAGAGCUUUCCAAGUAAAGAAUGCAGCCGCCGGCAUGGACGACGGGUUCGACUUGGGCGUCAUCAUGAGCACAUCGAUUGGCACCACCAGCAUGGAGAAUAUCGUUAUUCACCGGCGCAUUCUCUUGCAAGAUACCAUGUCCAUUCAGGAGCUGCCCAAGACGGCCCCGCGAAGCCACUUGCUACCACCCUGUAAGCCAGCUCCGCUAGCAAGUAGACUGUUCAAGCCAAAAUGUUGGACCUCCACCAAAGACAGUAAACCACAACUGAUGCGGAUCCAACUGAUUCGGUUGAAAUCAACAGCAAAUCCAGUGCGGGAGAGCGAACUACCUCCCAUUGUGGAAUCAUCGAAAGAAAUUUCAUGUCGAGUCCUGGAGGCCGAGGAGAUGGGAUGUAAUCUUCUUGCCUUGCACCUGACACCAAUCGGGCAGGCUCGCAAGAGAAUAGCGUUCGGAGCUGAUGGCAGUACAGAUGUCAUAAUUGAGGAAAUGUCUGCAGAGCCCCAAAGUUCAACUCCAUCUCGUCUGGUUGUGGAAACCUCUGACCGCAUCUUCCGCCUUUCACCUGAUGACAAUGUGGGCAUACUCAGCAGAUGGAUGGAGAUAAUAAGCAGAGAGAUGGGUGGUAGUGUUUGUGGAAGGAAGAGAGGAACAAUAGCAAUGGCGACCAGAUCUACUAGCUCCUGCAGCCCGAGAAAUGGCCACUUUCCAGCCGCAGUGGCCUUUUCUGAGAAGACCAACAAGAUCACACUGGGCCAACAGCUGUACCGGCCGAGAGCAGAUGCAAUCAGUGAUUAUCAUGAUCAGCAUAACUACUCCCCUCCUGCUGCUGCUUCAAAACAACCAACGCAAGAGUCUGAAGGUUACUACGAAGAACACUUGGGGCAAGGUCAUGUUCCACGCAGGGAUCUACAGUCGGAGUUUGUCAGAACCACACGUCAUGUGCCUCCACCCCGUAGAGCGCAUACCCAGCCUCUGGACAGAUCUCGGUUUGUGACGGACUAUCGGCCACUCCAGCACACACCGUACUCCAGCACACUUCCACCAACGCUAAACACUAUGAGAAUGUCUUCGGCAGCUACCACUUCAGAUCGGCACAGCAUAAUGUCAACCGCCUCGUCUUCAGCACCCCCUGGAGUAGUGCCACAUGGACUUCAUGAGCGCACUCUGUACGGUCUUGCCAAAGCCGUGCAACUCAAUCCGCAGCUGCUGUGCGAAGAUGACAGAGAAUUCCGCCUGUGGGGCAUUGCUGUCGAGUUGGGAAUAGACGAGAGUCGCUUCAAGCGGGAUGUGGUGAACCAGCGCAUAUCUGGGCACUUGGCACUACACCGGACGUUGUCACUGGCUAAGGAGAAGCUGCUGGCCACCGGGUCAACAGAAUGUUCUGCUCACUUGUUGCAUGCCCUGGAUUACGCUGGUCUUCUCGAUCUGGCACAAGUCUAUAAAGUGAAACUGACCUUGACGGGUCAUGUGGGAGUUGGACUGAAAAGCCGCAUCUGUAACUGGGCCGCCAUCCUCGCGAUCAAGACUUCAGACUCAAACAAUGCAGAUCUACUCAAGCAAGAACCUAUGGAGCCAGGUUUCCACUACAGUGUGAGUGGAUGCUUGGCCUCGGCAGAUCCAUGCUCCACCACAGCAAACACACACGCUGACAGUCGUGCUGCAUUGGCUACUCCUAGCCCAGGUGGCAAGCCACUUACACCGCCGCAACCACCGCACCAGCAUCAACCCCAGCAACAGCAACAUCAUAGUCAUGAACAACAGCAAGAACAGCAGCAGCUACAGCAGCAGGCACCCAGGCAGCAGCAACAACCAGUUCCUCGUGUACGACGUAAACAGACGGAACCCCGUUAAAUCCAUACUGAUCAAUUCGGCGCACAUCCUUCUCUUUCUCUGUAAAUUUUCCUGCAUGCCAAUCUUUGGCGGUAGACCAAACUAGAGCUCGUCUAUAAAUGAAGCAAGGUCACUCUUAUGUCCUGGGACUAUUGUUGAGUACUACACGUUUCAGAUCAGGCAGGACAAACAAGGCUCAAUAGUAUCAUGGGGUAGACAAGAGAAGGCGAGCAACAAGAAAGAUCUAUUGCCACCAAGUGCAUGUGUAGGUAAACACACACAUAAUCAGAAUCAGUGCACAUGUGCAAAUAAUGCAACAGUGUAAAGCUGCCUAACAGUCACCACUGCAUGGAGCAUCACCCCGCUACUAUGGUUCACCGAUGGUUUGUGAUACGUUGAAAUGCACCGAUCCUCACUCUGUGACAGUACAUGGAUUCAUGAGUCAGCUCCGAACGGUAAGAGUUGGGAGUUCCUAUGUUCCGCCACUCAUUUUUCAAUGCCAGGUCUUAAGCUGUCUGGAAAUGAUUAUCUACGGCGGUCGGCCAUUGUGCUAAUUUCAACCUUCUGAUUAUUGUGUAUGGGCUUGCAUGGAGUCGGCGUCCUCUGUGCCUCUGAAUCAUGGGGUGGCAUGCGCUGCUGUCCACUGCUUUACGGCAAUUCCACAGCUUAGCGUCUACUUCCAGAUCUCCUCUACGAGGCACCUCACAUAUGCAAAAGCACAUGUGAGCACGCGCGCGUGCACACACACACACACACACGCACACACCACACACACACACACACACACACACGCACACUGAUGCACACAGCACAUGUGUUACUAUUCGUACCCAGGAUGCCACAGCACUGUUCAUCAUCACCAGCAAAAGCUUGCCCGAAUUUCAAUUCUAUUAUUAAAUUUGUUCCAGAAUCGAUUUCUCUUUUGUAGCCAUCCAGUUCUACUUUCAAAGUAUAUUCUUUUUCCUAGAUUUAUUCCAAUUUCGUAUUUGACCUUUACAUCACUAUAGUAGGAACGAAGAAGACACUUCUUUACGAUCACUGUUUUACUUGCAUCAAUCCAAAUUUUAUUUUGACGUCAUUACCAGCCCAAGAACUAAAACUACAGUAGUAUUCGACACAAAGCUAUAUUAUAUUUUGUAGAUAUUUCAUCUAUAUUUACCAACAAUGUUCCUUCCAAUAAAUCUGUGAACGGCACCAUUCGGCUGUCUAGUUUCUUGCUCACAUAAUAUACCGUAUAAAAUAUAUGCCAUGUCAAUUACAAUACCGGUAUCACCUUCUCUGACGAGCCUUUGAAAGGCGAAACAGCUGUCAGAAGGAAUUUUUUUACCCGUGA